UGCGCGGGGUGUAUUUUCGGUGCAUAGGGAGGACGGCGCGUAUGCACACCACGCACGCACGCACCCACACGUACACACACACACACCCACACACACACACACACACACGCUCUCGGCCGUAGCGCGCCGGAUUACCGCUCGACGUCCGACGGGUGAUGAGAGGCUCGCGCCGCAGUUAGGAAAGCCGCGCCAGCUCUCCACGUGAGUGACUCGCCCGCGUACGGUGCGCGUUCGCCCGCCUGUACUUUAGGGGGAUAGAAAAAUACGGCGCCUCGCCAGAAAUACGAGAUCAUGGCGGUACCCAACAGCGGUGUAGUCAUGCCCCGAAACUUUCGCCUCCUGGAGGAGCUGGAACAGGGCCAGAAAGGCGUGGGCGAUGGCACGAUCAGCUGGGGCCUGGAAAACGACGACGACAUGACCCUCACGCAUUGGACCGGUAUGAUAAUUGGACCACCUAGGACACCGUAUGAAAAUAGGAUGUAUAGUUUGAAAAUUGACUGCGGUCAGAGAUAUCCAGAUGAUGCCCCUAAUGUAAGAUUUUUAAGCAGAAUCAAUAUGAAUUGCAUUAACAGUGCCACUGGAGCUGUGGAUAAUCGCAGUGUCCCGGUCCUUGCGAAGUGGCAGCGGGAGUACACAAUUAAAACAGUUCUUCAGGAACUCCGUCGUUUGAUGACGUUGAAGGAAAAUAUGAAACUCUCUCAGCCUCCGGAGGGCAGCACUUUUUAGCCUAACCGUAUGAACAGAGAUAUCUUCCUUUUUGCAAUAGCAUGAGGCGAGAUUCGAAGGUACCAAAUAAUAUUAAAAGGGUGCCCGCUGAAAAUAUAUGUUUAAAAAGAAAUAAAAAAAAGACGAAAAAAAAACAGCUUUGUGAAAGAAAGGAGGUAAUAGCUUGGAAAGUUGAAUGAGUGUACCGAGUUUGUGUAUAGAUUAGAUAGAAAAAAAUUGACAAAAAAGAAACGCAUUUGUCAAGCACAGCUGGUUCUCUCUUGAAAUUUUUCACUAAAAAAAAAAUAAUAGUCUUAUUCCUCCGAAACCCCCGAUUAUUUCGUUGCAUACACCGUCAUGUUCGCGCACGAGGUUGUAAUUUAAUCGCGGAUGCGGAUUGGUUCGAGGGAAACUUCGCUCCAGCUUUUCAAGCUAGUACAAUGUAAAGCGGAAAAAAAGUCAUAUUUUGAAUCAUGAAACCGGAGACACAGACUAUGUAAUGAAAAUGAAUAAUCAGUAAGAGUAACUUAUGCCUUUGAAGUUUUUUAACGAGAGAAGAAGAGUAACGCCUGGUAUUGCGAACCGUCUUAAGAUUUCUCUUCUGUUUGCGCGCAAGUGCCAUUUCAUCUCUUGCAGAGGUGUGUCUCUCUCUCACUGGAUGCUGCGGUAGCAAAAUUCUGGACCACGAAUCUGUACGUCCACUUACUUUUUUCCGCGCUGCGUACCGUUUCAACUAGCGAUACAUCUACAAUGAAAUAACGUACGUGUUUGGGAAAUUUGUAAUCCUUAAGAACGGCCUCUCUCUCUUUCACGCUAAACGAAUUGCGUUUCGUAAUUGAUGAGGAGACGUCGCUUUGUAAUCGAAGCAUAACAUAAAUGACAAUUUGAUUUGUACUAUCUCGUAUGUAGUGAACGAUAAUACAAUGCUGCAUGGCAAAGUACAUCAAUAUAUGAAGCAUCGCUGACUGACGAGAUCUUUCAAUCGAUAUCGUAUCUGGAUAUAUUGAAAGUUGUAACAAUUGCAUGUGUAUUUGGUUACGUCUAUUAAGAUACAACAGGAUUAUAGAGUAUGAUAGUGCUUACUGUUCGACGCAAGGGCUUCAUGGUUGAUGUAUUAUGUGAAUUAUCUUUGUUACAAUCGUCAAAAUCAUAUCUAAUAUACUGUGUAAAGUGCAGGAGCUGCGUAUUGUUUGCAAAAUCGGAUGCGUCUCAAUCUUUAGUGCAAUCACGACAUAUACAUACAUUACAUGAAUUAUUGCUGAAGGUCGAAAUAUAUAUAUAUGCAGCUUGAUGAUUGAUGAUGAUUAACGAAACAUGUUCCAGCAAGAAAAUAAUAUGUUAUUAUAAUGUAAUCUCGAGAUUUAUAUUAACCGAUUAAGCGAAAAGAUGUCUUUAUACCUAAAGUUCCACCAAAGUAGAUUUCACAAUAUCUCCACGUUUGAUUAUGUAAUGUAAAAGUUUUUCAGAUUACCCGAACGAAAGAUAUACAUACCUCUUUGUCCGCUUUGCAUUUCAGUAUUACACUAUCGUUAAUAUAAUAGUGUAAUUUAAAUCAUCCUAUUAAAAAGAGUAACACGUUAUAGCUCCAUGUGGACGAAAACAAGCUUAAGGAGAAUAAAGUGAUUUCCUUAGAA